ACUAGCAAAUUAAUCUUCCAGUUUGCAUCUGCAAGAAAUGUCUCUACAAACAGAAGUGAACAAGUACUGUAAUAGAGAGCAUACAUCUCUAUAUGCAGGACUCCUUUGUGUGCAAAAAUAGGAGAAAGCAUGGGUCAAACAAGGCAAAUGAGGGUGGAAAAAACUUUCAAACUUCAUCACAAGUGAGUUGAAGGAGAGUUUGAAUGAAAUUUGUGAGGAAUCCAAAACUUCUGGUGUUCACAGGAAGAGCCACUACAGGAAGAAGAAAUGUAAAGAACAUGCCCUCUGAUUUGACAGAUAAUAUACAUGACUGUUAGGAAAAAAUGCAUCUGGAGUUGUAUGCAUCCUAUGCAUCCUGUGUGUAGUAUUCCAGAUAUUUUCUGAACAAAAAUAGUUCAGUCUCAUACAUGUCUUUCCAUUUCAUUUCUACUCUGGGUCCCUGGAAUAUGCUUGCCAGUCACCUUCUGAUUUUUAUUUUAAAAAUGAAAAUGAAAUAUGCUGUGAAAAUAAUAACAAACCAGACACUGUAUAUGUUUUUAACACAGACCAGGAGAAUUUUUAUAAUGACCCAGAAAGUACAAAAGCGAGGAACCCAGAAGUAGUUAUCACUGAAAUAAAAGAAGACCAAGAGUGUUACAGGCACAUGAUGAAAAAAAUAACCAAAAUAACACUAAUUGCAAAUAGGACAUCAGAAAUACGCUGCCUCAGUGUAGUGAUGCAAAAAGUCUUUUAGAUUUGUGGCUUACCUCCUCCAGAGAAAUGGAGCAUGUGAGUAAACAAAAAGACAUGGUGCUUCUCUUGUUAACAGACGUUUAUAAUAAUACAAAACCAAUACAGAACUUGUUCCAGAAACCAUUAUAUCGUAAUUGCAGUGCAAAUAACUAUAAAAGAAUAGAACUUGGAUUAGAAAAUGUGCAUCCCUCUCCACCACACAGUGACAGAGCACCAAAAGUACAUCUGGAAGAGCAGUUACAGCACAAUAUACAAAGACUGAAGAAUGAAGUAGGCAUAUUAAAACUAGAGUUCCUGACUUCGAAGAAGGAAAAAGUUCAACUUGAGAAAGACUUAGAGGGCCACUUGCUACUACCUGUUUUUUUUCUCUUGAUCAAUUAUCUGGUGCAUUCUACUUUUUUACUUAUGAAAAGCUCUUGUGUAAAAUGGGGCUACUAAAUACAUAAUUGUGUGUGGAAAUAGAUUAUUUUUCUAUGUAAAUGAUAGAAGCUCAGGAGAACAUUCUACAGUCUUUGUUUCUUAAUCAACCCAAGUCUAUCUAUCAAUUUUCCAAGGGGCAGAGGGACAGGGAAACUAAUCUAUUCAUAUGCCAUGGAUAUGGAUACUUGUGAACUAGGGUAAGCAUACAGGAAAUUGCUUAAACAAUGUAAUGGCUCUAGGAUCUAAUUUUUCCCUAUUGAAGAUGAAUUGCACUUACUUAAUAAAGUUGGAAAUCAAUGGGAAAGAAGCAGUGACAUAAAAAUCUCUCUCUCCUUGAGAGUUGGAACAAAUAUUUAUACUCAGAGGAAUCAGUAUAUUGUAUGUUGUGCUUUCAGGUGUGCAAGUUGAUUCAUUUCACUCAAUAUGUUGGGGCUUAGAAUUUCAUUAUGACCACCUUAAAUAUGUUUGAAAACAAAUGUAUAUAGAUAGAUCUAUUUUUUAAUUACCACUUUUACAUGUUUCUGUCAAAUCAGAUUUUAAUGUGAUUUUAUUUAAUAGAGUAUACGUUUUUGGAUGUAUAACUUUAUCAUACAAGUACCAUAGAUUCUCAGCCAAAAAUUUAGUUUUUGACUCCAAAGUAGAAACCUGAUGUCUGUACAUCGAGUUUUAAAGAAAGACAAAAAUCUGGUGAUACCCACCUUUAAAAGUAAAAGUAGAUGAGGCCUCUCAGCACCUGCUGAGGCAGUAAGUUACUUUCCCAGAGUGAUACUUUGAAUUCUUGUGAUAAAUUUGAUGGAUGUAUCAGGUAGUUUAUCUGACUCAGCAUUACGAAAUAGCAUUAUUGGUUUUUGUGCCAUAAAAUGCUAGGAAAUGCCACUUUAGAAGCUUUGGAUGAGUCAUUUAAUCUUUUUUGAUAAAGCAUCUGAAAAACAUAAUUACUUUCACUGUCUAUUCCCCAGCUAUAAAAUGUCAUGGUUAGUGAAUGUGAAAUUUGGAAAGCAUCUCAUUUUCCAGAACUCUACUAGCACCUCAGCAGUUUCACUCUGCUUCUUCUGUGGUUUCGAAUUUUGGUUCCCGUAUUUCAGCAGAGGCACCUUCCCGUUUUGAAGUCCUAGGAUCCGAAUGAAAAAAGAAAGAGAAAAGACAGUGGGGAAAGCUUAGUCCACAGAGGGAAAAGCUUCCUUUCUGCUCCUGAAGCCCCACAACGUCACAUCCUCUAGAUCUGGCCAUUCAGUGUAAACUGCUGGAGCUUGCAGAAAAAAUGAGAAAGUGCAGAAAUAAGAAAAUGGAAGUGGCAAGAAACCUACAUGCUGAUAACAGUGACGAUGAUGAUGAUGAUGAAUUAAUUUAAGAAAGAAGGGGCAGAAAACCUGAUAAUCAUCAGUUUCCCAGGCAGAAGAGUGAAGAGUAUAAUAGUAGUGAUCAUCCCUUGCAUGUGAAGUAAGUAAAGAAAAAUGCAAAUUUGGCAUGCUGAAGAUGACCGAAUAGGAACAGCUCCAACCUCCAGCUCCCAACGUGCUGCUCCGAGCGGCCGCAGACUGGAGUGUCCCUGACGGAGGUUGCGGCUGGACCUGCCACGUGCUGGUGCUGUGCUCCAGAGCGGCAGAAAGCGAGUGGGAGCUGAGGUGUCUUGAAGCCGGUCCCUCAGCCUGGGAGAAGAUCUUUGGCUUCAGGAUGGGGGUUGGGGGGUCGUCCCUGGGGACCUGCAGGGGAUGCUUGGCUCACUGGAGGGAGAAUCGUGGCAAGGAUGGCUUCUCAAAUCCCGGGUACCGAGUCCGGCAGAAGGAUCUGGGCAUGAUCCACAAAGCUGCCGUCGCGGGUGAUGUGAACAAGGUGCAGGAGAGCAUCUUGCUCGGGCUGAAUGACGUCAACGACAGAGACAACAAGAACAGGACUGCUCUACAUUUGGCAUGUGCCCACGGUCAUCCAGGAGUGGUAGCUGACUUGGUGGCCAGAAAAUGCCAGCUUAACCUCACUGACAGUGAAAACAGGACAGCUCUGAUCAAGGCUGUACAAUGUCAAGAAGAAGUUUGUGCAUCCAUCCUGCUGGAACAUGGCGCUGACCCAAAUGUUAGAGAUACGUAUGGCAACACUGCUCUGCACUAUGCCGUUGAUAAUGGGAAUGUAUCAAUGGCAGGAAAACUGCUUGCAUAUGGUGCAGAUAUUGAAGCAAAAAGCCAGGGUGAAUGUACAUCACUUUUACUUGCCAUAAAUAGGAAAAAAGAGCAAAUGGUGACAUUUUUGUUGAAGAAAAAACCAGAUUUAACUGCAGUAGAUAAUUUUAGAAGAACAGCCGUGAUACUUGCUGCUUGUAAUGGAUUAACAGGUGUAGUCUUCCAGCUUCUUCAGCACAAUGUUGAUGUCUGUUGCCAAGAUAUAUCUGGAUGGACUGCAGAAGACUACGCCGUUGCUUAUAACUUUCAAGCCAUUCGCAGACUAAUUUCUGAAUAUAAAGCAAACAAGAGACGUAAACGUCUUCAAAAUAGAAAUCCAGAAGGAACAGCUAACAAGAUCGCCCAUUUGCCAAAAGGAAAAGCAAAUACAAAAGUAGCGCCUGCUGUUACCACUGAAGACUGCAUGAACAGGCUUUCCUGCAGACUGGAUACUUUUUUAGUGCGUACGCGACUAAAAAAGGAUGGCGACUUCAAUUUUAAAUCCAAGAAUGUUCCAGAACAACACUUAACAAAACGAAGAACUAUUUCUCAGCAACCAACAAGGACUGUUUCUCAACAAGCAAUCUUCUCAACAAGGAAGAAUCUGAAAACGACAUAUGGUACUGUGAGAACAGGAAAUAUAACUUUGCUUGAGGGCAGUGGUUCUGACAGCGAAAAUGAAGAUGGGGUUAAAAUCCAUCCUGAAAUCAUCAGUGGUCAGCCUCAUCGACCUACACACCCUGGUCUGAAACCUUCCCUCAAUCCUAUAGUGAACCCUGGUGUUACAAAGGAGGAAGCAACAAAACCAUCAACUGGAAAAAACGAAAAUGAUAAGUCAUCAUCAGGAUCAGAAGAGGAAGAUAUGGGAUCAUCCUGUAGUUCUAAGAGUAUCUCCAAGAAUCUUCUCCAGAAGCAUGGUGGUCAUUCAUCUGGGCUGGCUGAUCAGCAGAGGAAAAAUGCAGUAAAUGGAAAUGUAGAUGAACAAGACUUAAAAUUGAUAUCAGAGGGAGAGCAAGACAGGCUUCAAGGAUGUGAAAAUAACCAGCCACAGGUUGCAGAAAAAAUGAGAAAGUGCAGAAAUAAGAAAAUGGAAGUGUCAAGAAACCUACAUGCUGAUGACAGUGACGAUGAUGAUGAUGAUGAUGAAUUAAUUCAAAAAAGAAGGGGCAGAAAAUCUGAUAAUCAUCAGUUUCCCAGGCAGAAGAGUGAAGACUACAAGAGGCUUGCAAGGAAAACCUCUAAUGAAAAGAACAAGGUUAAAAGAGAUCUGUGUUCCAAGGAUGACCUCAAUGACAUGAUUUGGUCACCUGAAACAUCCUCAGAGGAUGAUGACUUGCCUUAUUCCAAUGAUAACAACUUUAUGUUAUUCACUGAACAACAUGGAGUGGAGCAUAAAGAUUUUGUUAGCCUAUUGAAAAUCAAGAAUGCAAUAGCUGCAUGUGAAAGAUCAACAGAACAUAAAAAAUGUAACUGUGAGCAACUUAAAGUAAAAUUUCGAAAAAUGAAAAAUAAGAUUAGCAUGCUACAAAAGGAACUAUCUGAAACAGAUGAAACCAAAUCACAGUUAGAGCAUCAGAAUCUUGAAUGUAAACAAAAGCUCUGUAAUUUCAGCUGUAUCUUACAAGAAGAAGAAGAAAGAAGAAAGUCUGAAGAGUUGUAUGAAAAAGAUACGGAAGAGUUAAAAAUAAUGGAAGAGCAGUAUAGGAAACAAACCGAAGUGAAAAAACAACUUCAGCUGACUCUUGAAUCGUUGGAAGUGGAAUUGAAGACUGUAAGAAGUAACUCAAAAGAGAGUUCUCAUACUCAUGAAAAAGAAAGAGACCUGUGGCAGGAAAAUCACUUGAUGCGGGAUGAAAUUGCCAGACUCAGGCUGGAAACAGACACAAUAAAAUACCAGAACCAGGAAACUGAAAAGAGAUACGUCAAGGAUAUUGAAAUUAUAAAGGAAAACAAUGAAGACCUUGAAAAGACUCUAAAGCUGAAUGAGGAAACAUUAACAAUAACCGGUUACAGUAAAGAGCUGAAUGCUCUGAUGGAUGAGAAUACAACGCUCAAUUUGGAGCUCGAGAAGGAAGAACAAAGCACACCCAGACUGAAAACAGAAAUGGAAUCAUACCCUUGUAGACUGGCUGCUGCUCUGUGUGAUCACGAUCAGUGUCCGUCAGCAAGAGACCGACAGCCUGCUUUCCAGAGCACAGUGAAUGAGUGCUGUCAUUUACAAGAAAAUAUUAAUUCUCACAUUCAGAUUCUUUCUCAGCAACUUUCUAAAGUUGAGAGUACAUCCAGUGGCCUGGAAACUGAGCUCCAUUAUGAAAGAGAGGCUCUCAAAGAAAAGACAUUGGCUGUACAACACAUACAAGGAGUCCUAAGCCGAACACAGUGUCGACUGAAGGACAUUGAGCACAUGUACCAAAAUGACCAACCUACUUUUGAAAAAUACGUGAGAAAGCAGCAAUCUGUAGAGGAUGGACUAUUUCAACUACCAAGCCGAAAUGUGUGGUAUCAACAGCAGUGUAGUGAUGCUCACAAGAAAGCUGACAAUCAGGAAGAAACAAUAAUUAAUAUCCGAGCCAAAUGUGAAGAUACUGUAGAAAAACUUCAAGCUGAGUGUAGAAAGCUAGAAGAGAACAAUAAAGAGUUGAUGAAGGAAUGCACUCUUUUAAAAGAAAGACAACGCCAAUGUGAAAAAGAGAAAGAAGAAGGAGAAGUAGUCAUGAGACAGCUUCAGCGAGAAGUGGGGGAUGCCCUGAACAAACAGUCACUGUCAGAAGCUAUGCUAGAGAUGUCGUCACAACGUCACGUUAAUAUAGAAGAUGAGACACGAGAUUCAAAAAAGAAAUUAGGCCAGCUGAGAAGUCAAUUGCAAGAAAUGCAGGAUCAACACACAGAGACUCUAAGAUGUGCUGAGGAGAUGCCAGACCACGUGCAAAAGCUUAAAAUAGAAAAUGCCAUGUUAAAAAUUAGAAUGAAAAAGCGAGUGAACAAAAUUGAGCAGCUUCAGAACAUUUUGAUGUAGCAGGUGUGCACGAGAACAUAACUGCAGAAGUAGAUGAAGGCAUUCUAGUGGUGUGAAGUGGUACCUCACUGUGGUUUUCAUUUGCCUUUCCCUUUGAUGUUGAGCACCUUGUCACGUGGUUACUGGACAUUGUCUAUGUUCUUGGAUGAAAAACCUGGUCAUUAUCCUUUGACUAUGUUUUAAUUGAUGCCUUUUUGUUAUUGAUUUGUAAGAGUUCUUUAUAUAUUCUGAACAUGAAUGUAUUUUUUUAUACUUUCUUCAUAAACUUUGUUCUAAAUCUUGUAUUCUUUAUUGUUUCUGUGUUUUAAAUUUUUGUUUUAUCAGGCUCUUUUCUCAACAAUUCACCAUAUAUAUUAGUAUCAUAUUUCUAUAUUCCAAUCUUGUUUUCAUGAUUUGCUUCCUUGCCUCAAAGAAAAAAAUAUACUCUCAAAUAAUUUCCCACUUUACUCACACCCACUAUUUUUCUAUAAUCCACAUUCUCUCUCUUGGGGCAAAAGACUGGGAUUUAUGUUACUGAGGGAACUUCCUUUAUAUUGUUCAGGAGUAGCUUUAAUGAAGUUUUACAUAGUUGGAGACAUCAGGAGAAAGCAUGUAUGUCACUGCUUUCCUCAGGAGCACUGGCUCACAUGCCUUGAAAGGAUUUAGCUCUCAUACCUUCAAUAAAUGGCCUAAGAUACUAACAGAUGCCAUGUCAUUAAGCUUCACAUUUACUUAUAAAGAAGAAGAUAAUUUAGAAUUUACAUGUCAAAAUCUAUUACAAAGAUGGCACAUAUUUGACUGAAACUCCAGUGUUUGUCACUGUUGACAUAACUAUAGUCCCUGCCUUUCUCAUCUGUUUUCCCUUUGUAACAUUUUUUUACAUUUUUAUUUGACAAAUGCAUAUUUUUAUAACCAUGCUUCUAAGUGUCACAGAAUUGUGGAGUUUGUUGUGGAGACUCAUCCCAUGAAUGGGAAAACUCAUAACCUGAGCAGAUGUCUCUGGAAACAGUGAGGAGGAAAGAAACUUUUUUUCCUUUCAUACGGAGACUCCCCCCAUUAUUUCAAUGCACACUAUCUGAACCACAAAUCAGCAUCAGUUUUUCAACACAAAAAGAAAAAUAUUCAAAGCAAUUGUGAAGGGAAUCAUCUUUCUGAAGGUCAGUUAUUUUAGGGGAAACACGCAGCAUAUACUAGAUGAAUGAAAACAUGUCACUAAUGAGAAACACAUACCAUCCCCCACUCCCAGUGGCAUUUCUGUUUACCCGCUGACAAGACCUUCUGUUCUCUCACAAGUGUUGAGUAGAAACACUGCCAACUCUUCACCUUGAUCUGGCUCAUGCCCACAGUCAGGAGAUACUGACUUAUUUGGUGGCUGGGAAAUUUUACAUCCAUCGGUCCAUGUUUGCCUGUCAGAAAGGUUGAUAUGUCACUGUUCAGUGAGCUCAUCUGAUCUCUCUCCUCCGGACUCUGCACAGGAGAGAGGUGGAAGGCAGGUGAAGACCUUCCCUGCAUUGCAUGGAUGAAAUUUUUCUUUGUUCAGAUUCCAAAGUCAAGACCGGGAGAAAUAUUUGAAAACUUUUUUUUGGUCAAGGCAGUAAGCCAUAUUUUCCAAAUCCGCUUUACCAGGAAUGAUGUCUUUGAAUAUUGAUAUAAUCCCUUGUUUUUAUUUCCAAGUUGGUUUAUAACUGAAAGGGGAGAUAUUUGUUAUCAAUUCACAACCCUAAUUCACCAACACCCAUGAAUCCAUUUUAAUGGAAUUCAGAUCUCUAAGAAGCAGAUAUAAAAUAUUUAUUCCUGUGUAACUGUGAUUAUUAUACUUCCGGCUGUGUUGCUGCCCCUAAGUAGAGUCUACGUGCUGGCUCCUGCAUGUCCAGGGUUCCAGAGCAUUACGUUUCCAUCAGGAUGUAGAUCCCAAGAAUGCCAGAGAGCACCAAGCAGAGGAUGAAACAGGCAAUUAUUUGCAGACCCUGCAGGUAGGUGCGAGAAAGUGCCAUGAAGUGCCAGAAAGUAAUGACCAGAUGAAGUAAUGACCAGAAAUUCAAAACAUGAGCCACAAGAAAUUUGUCUUAUUUUUGCUUUUGUUGACUGUGCUGUGUCAUAUUAAAAACAAUAUUGCUUAGACCAAUGUCAUGGAGCUUUAGCCCUAUGUUUUCUUCCAGUAGUUUUCCAGUUCAAGUGUUGUAUUUAAGUCCAAGUGUUGUAUUUAAGUCGUCUUUGUUUGGAGUUGAUUUUUUAAUAUGAUGUAAGUUAAGGGUCUAAUUUUAUUUUUCUGGUGGAUAUUCCAUUUUUGCAACACCGUUUAUCAAAGAGACUGUCUCUUCAUCAUUGUGUGUUCUUGGCAUCUUUGUUAAAAAUAAGCUGACUGUAAGCAUGUGGGUUUAUUUCUGGGUUUUCCAUUCUGUUCAUUUAGCCAGUGUGUCCAUUUAUAUGCCAGUAUGAUGCUAUUUGGAUUACAAUUGUAUUAUAAUAUGUAUUGAAAUCAGGUAGUAGGAUGUCUCCAGCUUUGUUCUUUUAGCUCAAGAUUCUUUUGGCUAGUUGGGAGUCUUUUUUUGUUUUCGUUGCUGUAAAAGAAUGACAUUGGAGGCCAGGUAUGGUGGCUAACACCUGUAAUCCCAGCACUUUAGGAGGCCAAGGUGGGCAGAUCAUG